AUGAUAUAUUUGAUUGAUGAGUCGUCUAUGACCGUGGUGUCCACGGCGACCGUGUUGUCCACGGCGAUCGUGCACAUGUUUUCUAUCAUUGCAAAAGGUCUUGAAAAGAAUAGCAUAAGAAUUUGUAUACGGCAACUUUACAUAUGUAUUGCUUUACUCGACACCGAAAUUUUUUCUGCAAGGGUAUCAAGAACCCUUACUUUCUUACGGCUCCAAGAAUACUUGACAGUUGGUGUUUCGCAAUUUGCCUUCCAAACCUUCCGUUGUUCAAAGAUGGCAAUUUUCGCAGACACGAUCCUUCAUGGCCAAGCACUGCUUUCCAUUGCUGAGGGGCAGAGCGCAUCUGACGAAGCAUUACUUCUUCCGGUCUUUGAUCCUAUCAUUGGAUCACCUUCUUCAUGCCAACCUGCAGUUGCUGACUUUGCCCAUCCGACACAAUGGUUCAUUGACACUACGACAGACUUGCAUGAUCUCACCAGCUCUACCACCAUUCCUUCCUCCAAGGCGCUCUUGUUGCGGUCAUCACUCCAUUCCAAAGAUGAUGCCACAGAACACUUUGCCUUGCUAGGUGAUCGAAUCAAUGACGGAAAAGCCGCUUGGAAAGCUCCUCUUGCCAGCUUUGGCCAAUUUUCAUUCAUCAAUCAAUAUUGGGAGUGGGUAGAAGACGUACUUGGGCGAUCUUCAGAAAUACUUUUUCAGGCAAGGAUUUAUGGUGCCGUCUAUGCUUCUCGUUUCACAUAUGACCGUGAUGCAAACCUCAUUCAAUCAUUCUGCGAGCAUUGGUGUCCUUCCACAAACACACUUCAUACACCAGCAGGAGAGCUAUCAAUCUCCCUUUGGGAUCUAUUUUAUAUUGGUGGUCUGCCGAUCUAUGGAAAAUUUUACGACGAAGUCAUCCCGCCGGCAUGCGAUCUGACAGGCGUCGACGAAAACAACAUGUACCUCCUUCCACCUAGUUGCAGGCACCUCUUUGCAGCGUACCACAGACUUUUUCGUGUUUCAGAAACUCACCAUAUCACCGCCCGUGACUGGAUCCAUUUCUGGUGCAGGCUAAAAAGUAGAUAUUCAAAUCUAUCUCCUAAUGAUCAGAGCGAGGGAUCAAGCAGGCCAACUGGACACACUAGCAUGCCACCAGAGCGCACAAAGGAUGAAGAAGGAGCAUUCAACGAGCUAGGCAUCAAAGCACAUUUAAGGGAAGAAGUCUAUUUAGCAGCCUUCCUGUCAUGCCGGCUGUCCGUAUUUGUCCUACCCAAUGGAAAAGCAAACCAAAUUCGUCCUACCGUCUUCAAAGUUGCAAGCAUGAUGGCGCGCGGAUCUACAUUUUCUUUGGCGGUGCCCGUUCUGGCGAGCAUAUACCAUGGCUUGAGGCAAAUUUCAUCAUCUUCUACUCCAAGUCUGUGCCAUGCGAUCCUUCCCAUGCAUUAUAUCUACGGAUGGCUUGGCAACUACUUCGACACAUACCUUCCAUCCCUACACUCUCAACCGGGCGUUAGAAUGGUCCGACUAGCCGGAGAGAAGAAUGCAAAACAUUUCACAGCAAUUGGGGCCCGGAAACUCCUAAAAAGCGUUGAUCCUUCGCAAUUAUCGUCCUUGGCCAUGUUUGACAAAGAAGAGAGGUUAAUGGUAGAUGACGGAAAGCAAUCCCACUUCUGGACAGCCUACACCAUCAGUCUUCGUUCAAGUUACCUGACUCUUCGCUGUGAUAUGCAGUAUAUUGUUGAGUCUUACAGCCCUCAUCGAUUCUCACGACAAUUCAACUUUUACCAAGACAUACCCGGAAAAUUGGUGGAAGAAGCAUGUCCCCUCAAUCUACCCGAUGUCGUAGGACUUUGGCAAUCCUGCACGAAGCUUGGCACCAAGGCAAAACUGAGAAUUCCUAUCUCCUCGCACAAAGGCCUUACCACAAAGCGAUAUCAAGAGUGGUGGACAAAGCAUGCAAGUGAUUUUGUCAAAGGAGACAUUGAGCCUGCCGAAAAGCAAGAGAAACCCAAGACUCCAAUCAGAAUUCGCCUAACCAAGGGCAAGGGAGCAGUUACACCUAUUAAGAAUGCCCAUGAAGUUGAAGGCACUAAAGCAAUAGCAAGCAAAGCUAAACCAAGCAAGGCUAAACCAGCAGUUCUACCUACUAUUGGUAACGAGGAAGUUGACGGCACUAAUGCAACAUUAGGUAAAACCAAAGCAAGCAAAACUAGAUCAAGCAGGGCCAAACCGAAAGUUCCACUUGUUGUUAGCACCCAUGAGGUUGAUGGCGCCAAUGCAACAUUAGGCAAAGCCAAAGCAAGCAAAGCUAGACCAAGUAAGGCCAAACCAAACCAAGGAAAGGAUCUACCCAAAGAUGCAUCCAAAGACAUGGAGAGAUCAACUCUCAAGCCUAAACCUCUCUUGAAGAUUUCUGCUCCAAAAAUUCCAUCCGUGAUUGUCAAAAAUCCAACCACCGAAAAUAGAGACAAGAAAAGAAGCCUUGUGAUUUGUGAUGGGGACAGCAACUCUAGCCAAGGUGAUCGUCACUGGAAUCGCCCCAAGAAGCAGAAAAAUAUAGCCCAAGUCACACCCUUGGAGGAUAUCCACAUUGACACGGACGGUUUUUUCCAAGAUGUGCCUGAUAGCAGCACACCUUUGGAGGAUUUAGAAGCACACUUGGGAGUCAACAACUUGAAUCUUGGUGAUGAACUACACUCUCAAAGCAGUGGAGGUUCUAUAGAUGGUCCAGAUUCCUUUGGAUUGCUUUCUCGUAAGGGAAAAUCUGUCGAAGAAGCAUCACGUCAAAUUUCUCAUGAGAAGGCUCUUGUUGACAUGCCCAAAGUGCCAAUAACAGAACCAAGACAAUUUCGAGUGAGACCUUUUGGUUCCACCUUAUCCGAUGUUAGUGUUUUUCAAGGGAUAGAUGUGAUUGCUAAAAGUCGGUGCAAGUAUGUCUCAGGGUUGUGGUCCCAACUUUCACAUAAGAUCGAGAAAACCAGCUUGGAUCAUGUCGACGAUAUUGAAGAUGAGGCUGAGAAGGUCCUCGAAGAGAUGAGAAACAUGAAAGUAAUGGACAUUUCUCCGUUACAGCACAACCUUAAAAGCUUCUUUGAUAAUAUUCGGGCAUACAAAAACCGCUCCACUUCUAUCAAAUCAUGUGCAAGUCAGCUGACAAAUAUUUCUCAAACUCUUUCUCAUGCUAAAAUCAGAGAAAAUGAGGUAAUUAAAGAAUCUAAACUUCAUCAACAAGAAUUUGAAGCCCUUGAAGUUGACAGGGCUAAGUUGAAAAGAGCAUUGGAAGGCAUAGACACCAAGCUGAAGGCCAAAGAAGAAGCGGUUGUUGCAAAUGAAGGAGAAUUAUCCAAGGUGCAACUUGAGAUCUCUAACCUUGAAGAUAAGGUCUCUGCUAUCAAGAAUGCUGCAGUACAGACUGAUGAAGACAUUGCAAAAUUGGAGGAGAUGAGAAGGUUGCUUGAAGCAAAUCAAAACGAGUUGGCGGACGUCAAGCUAUUUCCUUAGUUUUAGUUUUCUUUU